AGGAACUGCGUGCUAUGGAUGGGAUCACGGCCGAAGAUGCUGCCAGACAUCAGCAACGCUACCCUGUCAAACUUUGUACCCCUAAGCCUAUCUACGUCUGGAAUGCUGGCAUCACUCUCGUCGAGAAGGUCAAGGAAUCGUCGCCCAAGAGAGCCAUCGCCAAACAGAAGAGCGCCCGGGAAGUGGUCGAUGACAUGUCCGUCAAGUCCGAAAGUCACGGCAACAUUACUGGAAAGAGUGCCGUCGCUCUCGUGUCCAAGGUCCGCGCUAGCAAAAAGGAGGUAACCAAGCAUGCUGUCACUGGCAUGUUUGAGGAGGAUGAGACUGGUGGUGUCAAGCUUGAGGAGGAGGAAGAAGAAGACUCGGAAGAAGACCCAGAAGAAGCCGCAAAGAAGACCAAAAGGGCAAAGAAGGCAGCCAAGAAAGCCAGAAAGCUUGCCAGAGUUCUCGAGAGUGUAAAGCCGCCUGUGGGAAAGAAGGAGGUAGAGAGCGAGGAUGAUUGGGAUGACUCUGACUUGAGUGAGUCUAGCUGGUCUCCUUCUUGGGCCUCUGAUCAUGAAGAGAAGUAGCAAUGAGAAGGCUUAGUGAACAAUACUUCAGCCCUCUGUAAGAGCUAUAGGGGAGUGGAGGACACUAUGCUUCAGCAGACAGAGGAGCGGGGAAUGGAAGAGAUAGAUUAUCAGCUGUCCUUGUGGCUAAUGGAAGUUAAGCCCC